AUAUAUUCGUGUCUCCUUUCUGUCACUUUGUGGUGACAAAUCAGAGGCUGUAAAAGUGUGAAGAGUUCACGUCUGGUCCGGAGAAGCCACCGCUGCUGUAACUGAAGACCAUGGGGAAAAUAGAGUGGGCUAUGUGGGCUAAUGAGCAGGCUCUGGCUUCAGGACUGAUUCUCCUCACUGGAGGUAUCGUGGGGGUGGCCGGGCAGUUCAGAGGUUGGCAGUUUGCUGCAUACGCUGUUGCUGCGGGAGUCUUCGUGUGUCUCCUCGAGUAUCCCAGGAGCAAACGGUCAAAAGGGACGAGUGUGGAGAGACCGGGUCAGUACUGCUUCACUGUGUGUGUCAAAGCCUUCGGGCCUCUGACCAGGAACUACUAUGUCAGAGCAUUUUUGCAUGCUGCAAUCUGUGUGCCUGGAGGUUUCAUGCUGGCCACCGUGAUGGGCUGCGUCUGCCUCGGUAUCGCCAGCCUCAUUUACCUUGCAGCAGCUAUCCGUGGUGAAAAAUGGAUGCCCAUUCUUCCAAAAGUGGAGGUCAAAGCCCCAGUGGAAACCAUGAAGAAUCCUCCCCAGAAUCCACCGCCCAGACCUCCUGCAGAGUUUCGCAGGAAACACGUUGACGACCUGGAGGGAGCAGCCUACGACAACCCGAUGUCUGUCACUGCAGAUGAGUAACGAGGCCUGGUCUUCUCCAGGAACUGCCAGAGAUCCCUGACAUGGAUGUUCACUUCACCGGGCUCCAAGUUCAUUCUUUUAUGCCUCGAGCUGAAGUAAGACUUGUUUAAAAAAAGAAAACAGGUUUGUUUUUUACAAGACCUGGUCAUUCCAGAGUUUCUGUUUCUGUGCUGCUUGUUGUUUGAAGCUUCAUUUACUCUGACAUCACAGUCGCUCUUCAUCCCAUAAUACUUCACACAUAGCUGUGGUCGAGUGAGAUAUGAACGAUGUGUCUUACACAAAAGAGAUGAGUUG